AUGUUGAACAAGCUGUCUGGUCAGCCAGAAAGCUAUGAGAAAAAGGCCCUCUAUAAAUUCGGCCGUACGCUCGGUGCAGGCACGUACGGUAUUGUCCGGGAGGCGGAGACGGGUGAUGGCAACAAGGUUGCAAUCAAGAUUAUCUUGAAGAAAAAUGUCCGCGGCAAUGAGGGCAUGGUCUACGACGAACUGGAGAUGCUGCAGAAGCUCAAGCACCCUCACAUUGUCUCCUUUGUGGAUUGGUUCGAGUCCAAGGAUAAAUUCUACAUCGUCACUCAACUAGCCGUGGGUGGAGAGUUGUUUGACCGGAUUUGCGAGUACGGCAAGUUCACUGAGAAGGAUGCUUCGCAAACUAUUCGCCAGGUGCUUGACGCAGUUGACUAUCUGCACAAGCGCAACAUUGUCCACCGGGACUUGAAACCCGAGAACCUCCUCUAUCUCACACGCGCAGCCGACUCCGAGCUGGUGCUUGCCGACUUUGGUAUUGCCAAGAUGCUGGAGAACCCGGCCGAGGUUCUCACCAGUAUGGCGGGAUCCUUUGGCUACGCUGCCCCAGAAGUCAUGCUUAAGCAGGGCCACGGAAAGGCCGUCGACAUGUGGUCGUUGGGCGUCAUCACUUACACUCUCCUCUGUGGUUAUUCCCCCUUCCGUUCUGAAAACCUGACCGACCUGAUCGAAGAAUGCCGUGCCGGUCGUAUCAUCUUUCACGAGCGUUAUUGGAAGGACGUCUCUCAAGAUGCGAAAGAUUUUAUUCUUACCCUCCUGCAACCGGAUCCCCACAAUCGUGUGACCUCGGAGGAAGCUCUGAAGCACGUGUGGCUGACCGGUGAAACUGCCAGCGACCGCGAUCUGCUGCCCGAGAUCCGUGCUUACAUUGCCCGUGCCCGUCUGCGUCGUGGUAUCGAGAUUGUCAAGUUGGCCAACCGCAUCGAAGCGCUCAAGAUCCACGAAGAGGCCGAGGAAGGUGAAGAAGAUAUCCCCAGUCCCAUGGACAUGGGAGCUGGCAGUGCUCCGGCUGAAUCGAGCGAAAAUGGUGAUUCCGCUGCCCCAACUACCAAAAAGCGCAGUCUUAGCAAGGUUGCUCGUGGCGCUAUCUUCCGAGAAGUAGUCUUGGCCAAGGUUCGUGAAGCCAAGGACAACGAGGAGCGGGAGAAGGUCGAACGAGAGGCCCGGGAGAAGGCAUCGCAUCAUUAA